AAGGAUCCCAUAUGUUUUAAACUAUGUCUAAUGAAUAUAACGAGAAAUGCCUAAAUGGAUCAACAAUAGGAGACCACAAAGAAUUUGUGCAAAUUUAAGCUUCAUUGGUAUAUUUGCAGUAAUUUUAAUUGCAACAAAAAUAAAGGUAGGACAUUUUUUUUUGCCGAAGUAUGCUGAAAUAACAGCACGGUCACCCCAGCUUGUAUGUCUAGUGAUCUGUCGUUCAUCUGGAAAUUAUGCCUUGAUGAACUCGACUUCUACUAGGUAGACAAAUAUGGACGCUGGGAAGCGUGCUUCAUAAAACUAUUUUGUGAAACGGAAAAUAUCGAUAAUUCAUUUUAUUAGUAGAAACUAUUAAAAUGCCGUAAAGUUCCCAAUGGGAAUUUAAAUAAAUUUAGUAGUAUCAGUAUCCAAAAUUAUUACGAAGACGAAAAGAACAUCGAUCAGUGUAAUUAAUAGCAAAAUAUUCACUAAUUUAAAAAGUGUUUUCGUCGUUCACCACUGUAUAGUAAACAUUGACUAUGUCACCUAAUAAAUGAGUAAUUAAAAAACAUUUAUCUACUCCUUCAACAUGAUGGUAUUAAAGAACAGCAUCCACAUAAGGCCUUUAUCUGACACUCGCGGCACGAGGGCCACAUCUGAGAAACUGUGCAAAACGUUGUUGUUUGAAGGUGAUAUUUUAAAAUACACUGAUAUUAUUUACGAAAGCAACAGAUUCCGUGCGUUUACUUUUAAAGCCAUUGCAAAAGAUCGAAAGAGACUGAAGGGAAGUGGUACACGGAUUUGUUUUUCCCACAGUCUACAUGCUGUUUGUUAAGCUUUGUUGCAACAAUCGGGCUAUACUUGAUAUAUUACAGAAUUGCAAACCUUUACUUGGUGAUCGUUUUGGGAAAGUAGCUUGAAGUUAUUGACGUUUAUAAGAACUGUCGCCUAGUACUGAAUAAGCUGUUGUGCGAUGAAUGGUGUUUUUAGACAUGAAAGACAUAUUAAUGAAAAUGUCACAUAGACGCACCUGCCUGUGGAGUUUCCUUGUGCUGUCUCUCUGCACCGUGAACUGUGAUGUGGUCUACACGAAAGUGGGAGAAAAGAUCAACCUUCAAUGCACAUUAUACACUCGGAACCAAGACAUAUCAUGGUUAUUCAAGACCGAGCUCAUUGGCCGUGAACCUAGGACUGGGACACCAGUGAGAGGGACGGCACCAAUGAGCCAACGAAGUCAAUUUUCCCAAAGAAAUCUAUACAUCAAGGAGGCGGGAGAGUCAGACGCUGGAGAAUACAGCUGCGAAGUGUCAGGGAUGACUCUAAAGCUGAGUGUGAUGACAUAUAAAUGCUCGGCUCAACCCACUGGGCCUUCCUUCCAGAAUGAAGCAGUGAACAUUCAGUGUAAUGUGAUGGGCGGGGCCAAAGUCAAAUGGACUUGCGGAAGUCCCAGUGGGUCAUCUAUGACCUCUGACUCGGGUUCUUUUAAGGUGAACCCUGUAAAGAUAAGUGACGGAGGUAACUGGCAGUGUUUCUUUGAGGAAAAUGGAAAGAAAUACACUUAUUCCCUGCAGAUUACCAUCAUAGGUCUGAUGCCAAGUGCAAAUGUGGCAGUCCAAGAGGGAGCGUCACUCAUUCUCCCUUGUGUUCUCCAUUCCAAGAUCAACUUAAAGCCGACAAAUAUCAUCUGGGAGAGACUCAGCCCUAACCCGUCCCGGUUUUUGGUGGCAGAGUCAUCAAAAGAGGGUGAACUUAAAAAGACAGUCUCUGACUCUCCUGGAGACUUUAAAAAUGUUAAGUUUUCCACAGAGAAUCUGAAAGAAAACUUUUCUGUGACGUUGACCAAUGCGAAGGCGUCGCAGACAGGAACCUACAGGUGCUCUGUGAAAUUUGACAAGGAAAAAACCAUCAUGCACGAAGUGAUGUUGGUUGUCAAUGGUCAGGAUGCAGCCAAAGAAAUGUACCCAGGAUACGACGAUAUUGGUUCAGGGGUCCAAUCCAAGGAGAAGUCCAUAUUGGGCAUUGAGCAGUGGAUAUGGAUUGCGAUUGGAGUUGGAUGCUUUGUCCUGAUCACUCUUGUCAUCGUUGCUGUUAUCGUGUAUCAGAAAAAAAAGAGCAUGAAGAGGAAGUCGAGAAAGAUGAGGGCUAUGAAGCACGCGCUGAUGCCCAGGGACUACUGCCAUUGUAACCGGGGCCAGCCGGGGCAGCUGGGGCAGCCGGGGCAGCCGAACGGGAAGCGGAGGGAGCACCGGCACACCUCAGACGCCAGAGGCAGCAAGGAGAGAAAGCCAGCGGAGCAGAGGAACCAAGAGAGGCAAGAGAAGGUGCCGUGAGGCAGGAAGUGCGCCUCAGCAUGUCAACAGUGGGUGUAAGCGCUGUACACCUGCAUUUACAUUCUUAGUUUUGAUUAAACACUUCAAAAAAUGUGCAUGUCUUUGUCAGAGCUAAAGCCUCAGCUUAAAUUCCUGAAUUUUGUGUGUUUCAUUCAUUCUUUUUAUUUUGUUCACAAAGUUUGCUGUUACCCAGUUUUUUUCAUAUAUUAAUGUAUUUUUUGGUAAAAGGACAUUCAUAAUGCAUGUAUUUUCCAUUCUAGCCGCUUUCAAAAAUAAACACAUGUACUUCAAA